AUGCGGGGCAGGGUGCUGGUUCGAUCGAUACUUGCUGGUUGGGGGAUAGGCACAGAUUUCUCUUGUGUUCUAUUCGGGGCUGCAGUGGAAACAAUUGAUCAUCUUGUAUUUGAAUGUGCUUUCUCUUCUGCUGUGUGGAAGGAUGUUCUCAUUCUGAAUGGUUUUAAUAGACAACCGGUGGGCUCUUGGAAUGAUGAAGUUCAAUGGCUGGUUACCCACUUCGAUGGGAGAUCGCUGCUUAACUCGGUUCAGAAGUUUAGCUUCAAUUCCUCAGUUUAUCGGAUCUGGCAAGAGAGGAAUGAAAGGGCACAUCAACGACGACCGAGCUCGGCUACAUCAGUUUUGAAUCGCAUUAUAAGCAAUGUUAGAGGCAGAUUUUCAAGUCUGGUUUUGAAGAUGAAGAUGGAGGACACUAGCCGACACAGGGACUUUUUUGCGAGAUGGGGAAUUCCGGUGGUGUUUACUUUGCCAUUGGCUACGCAACACACCUGGCCAACUCCACCUGUGGGGUGGGUUGCCAUCAAUUGUGAUGGCUCUGUGAAGGAUGCAUCUGGUGGUUUGGGGGCCAUUGGGAGGAAUCAUCUGGGGCAGCCGGUUUUUGCUCUAGCAGGAGGGCUACAAGAGACGAGUGUUAUUUGUUUGGAGCUUUGA